AUGUUAGAACAUAAGAGAAAUCACUCUUAGAAAAUUAGAACUGUAUUAAUAAGAUGUUAUGAUAAAUAAGUGUCAAUUGAAAUAGCAAUGGAUAAGAGUGUAGCUGAUCUAAUUAAUAAAGUAAACCUAUUUUAAUAUAUUAGUUACGUGAACAUACAGCAACUCCGAAUUCGUAAUAGUUAGUUGCUCUAAAAACUACUUCAAACUCUAUUACAAUGGAUUAUAUAUUAUCUGUGCCAGAAGAAAGAGGUAUAUACUUUUAUUAAUCAUAUAAAUUCAGCUUAACUGCCCAUACAUAAGUUGAAAUAAGAACCUCUUAUUGCUAUCUAUAGAUAAAAUGUUCAUAAAUCUAAUCUCACUCUUCUAGACUUUACUUUUGAAAGAUGCAUUGGUAAGGGAGGUACUUCAGAAGUGUAUCUGGUACGUCAUCAUAUGUCUGGACGAUUAUUUGCACUUAAAAUGAUCAAAAAACAAUAUAUUACUGAUUGUAGAAGACUUGAACAAAUUCUUAGAGAAAAGAAAAUUCUCUCUCAAGUUCUUAAUCAUUCUAAAUUCAUUAUACCCUUAUAUGCAACAUUUGCUACUAAAGAUCAUCUAUGCUUUUUAAUGGAAUACUCUCCUGGAGGUGAAAUGUUUUAUCAUCUAUAAAAUUAUCGUUUUACAGAUGAUGAAGCUAAGGCUUACAUUACAGAAGUCAUCUGUGCUCUUGAAGAACUUCAUUAACAUCGUGUCUUAUACAGAGAUUUAAAAGUAAUUAUUCUUAUUUUAUAUUCUAGCCAGAAAAUAUACUCAUCGAUCUCAGAGGCCAUAUUUAACUCACUGAUUUUGGUUUAUCUAAACUUGAUCUAACUGAAUAAUAAUUAACCAAUAGUUUCUGUGGAUCUCCUGAAUAUAUGCCUCCAGAAAUUGUUAAUAGAUAAGGUUAUUCCUAUCCUGCUGAUUUCUAUACCUUAGGAUGUCUACUCUAUGAAUUAUUAUUAGGAUUACCACCUCAUUACUCAUAAAAUACUGAAGAAAUCUUUCACAAAAUUUAAAAUGAAGAUAUUUCAUUCCCUGAUGACUUAAGCACUGAUCUCAUGUCAUUAUUAUAAAGUCUCUUAAAUAAGAAUAUCAAUCAAAGAAUUCAUGAUUUCCAAACUCUCAAAAAUAACUCUUGGUUUAGUAAUGUUGAUUGGCAAGUCAUCAAAUUAAAAAAAACUAAUCAAAUGCCUAUAUUCAUUGAUAUCUAUGAAACACACAUUCAUCAAGAAUUUUUAAAGAUUGAUGUUACAGAUCUGAAUCGUAAAAAUGAAAUUGGUGAAUUAAUCAGUUAAGAAGAUCUCUUUGAUUUUUUCAACUAUGUUAAUGAAACAUACAAGGACAUCUUUUAAUUGAAAUAAAAGAUGAGAGUUCAAAGUGAUCAUCUAAUUGAUAAAAAGCUUUUGUAAAUGAGUUAAUCUACUACAAAAAAGAAAAAUCUUUAAUUAAAUUUAUAAGAAAUAGACAAAUAAUUUUCUAAAACUCAUACUUAAAAGUAAUCACUUACUCCAUAGAGCAUAAUGCCUUUGUCUUUAUUACGUAAAUCAUUUUAAUAGAUGAUGAAAGAGAAACCAAGAAAGAGUUAAGACAAUCAUCCAACUUUAAGUACUGUUUUAUCAGAGCGUCCUAUAAUAGAUCGUAAUUAUGUAUAAUAUUAUAUAAAUUUUUAAGAUAUAAAGAAUGCUGUAAACUCUAACAAGCAAGAAGAAACCACAAAGCCCUGUACACAAUGAAUUGUCUUGGAGACCACCUCAAGUUAAAAGAGGCCCUAGUUCAUCAACUCAUUUGAAAUCAUCUAUAAGUUAACGAGGAUAGAGUUCGACAAGAAAAUAAAAAUGA